UAUAAAUUAAUCAUGGAGCCAACCAACAACAAUCACUAUGAAUUUAUGAAUGGGUUCUUAGCAACACAAGCUGAGACGGAUCAAAGCUCUGAUUCUGAUGAUAGCUCAUCAGGUACAUCAGCGAAUGGUAUCACCUCUGAUCACCUGAGAGCUCUAGUCACACUAGCAAAUCAGAGAGAAAGAAUCACAAUUCCUGAAAAUGAAAGACCAGGAGAUAGAAGAAGGAGACAUGCUGUGUUAGUCACGUUUCCAGGAAUCUCAGCCCAUUAACUGUGCUAGUAACCCAAUGUCAAAAUUUAUCAAAGUUAUA